AUGGCUAAAAGAAGAAUUCCAAUUGAAGAAAUAGAAGCUUAUGAAGAUGGGGACUAUGAUUAUAAUGAAGAAGCACAACAACAAACACAACAAACACAACAAACACAAAGAAAAAGAUCUCGAAUAACUAGCGAACUUGAUGAAGAUGAUGUAUUAAUUGGUAAUCAUAUAAGUAAUGAAAUUCAUUCAGAAGGAGAUAAGUUAGAUGAUGUAAACAAGGUAGUAAAACUAAUCUUAGCAAGGGAUGUUAAAGGUCAAAUUUUCAGAAAAGAUUUAAUAAAUCAAAAUUUAACAAAUAAAAGAUUCAAGUCUGAUGAUUUAUUAAAAGAAGCUAUAAAAAUAUUAGAAAAUAUUUAUGGACUAACUCUUGUUGAAACUCCUAUUAUAAAACAAGAGAAUGGUUCCAAUUCAGGAUUACAAAGUAAUAAAAUUAAAUCCAAAAAAACAAAUAUAAAAUCAUAUGUUUUAGUAAAUACAUUAUCAAAAGAAGCGAAAGAAGUUUUAGGUGAAUUAUGGCAAAAAGAUAUAGAAACAGUCUUGGAUAAAUCAAAAAUUGGAGAAACCAAAUUCUUUUUACCUUCUAAAAAAUCGACCUCAUUACCAAAAACAAAUUUCGACUUAAUUAAAACAGGUAUAAUGAUGUUGAUUGUAACAUUUAUAAUAUUAGAAGAAAACCAUUUAUCAGAAAAUCAAUUAAUUAAAAAUUGUAAAAAAUUUGGUAUAUCAAAUUCAAUAAAUACCAAGAAUUCAAAUUUAAAUAUGAAUUUGGAUGAAAUUUUAAAAGAGUUUAGUAAUCAAAAUUACAUAAAUAAAGUUAAUUUAUCGAAAGAUAGAAUUGCCGGAACGAGUAAUGAUAGUAAUGAUCAACUAAUUGAAUAUACUUUAGGAAGAAGAAGUCUAGUUGAAUUCACACCCAUUGAUGUUUUUGAGUAUAUAAAAACUAUUUAUGGUGAUGAUUUUAAUGAUGCUAUAAAAGAAAGAUGUAUAGUUACUCUUGAAAAAACUUAUGGAGUCAUAUGGGCUAAUCUUCAACCCGAAGCUGAAGCUGGAGUAGAAGAGGAAAAUAUAGUUACUGAAGCAGUUGGUGAAGCCUUAGCUAAUUAA